AGGAGGAAGAGGAGGAGGAGAAAAAGGAGGAGGAGGAGAAGGGGAACAAGAGGAAGAAGAAGAAGAAGGAGAAAGAAAGAAAGAAAGAAAGAAAGAAAGAAAGAGAGGGAGAACGGAAGAAAAAGAAAGGAAGGAAAAGAAAUGUCUCCAUUUAUCUGUUCACACCCACAAGAAAAAAAAUGUUCUAUACCGCAACUGGGUGAAACUUACCUGAUUAGUACAGCCAAGAUUUUCUUAUCCAGGCAAGGCAAAACUGAACAAGUAGAACUCCUUCUUUGCAAAAUAUUUUGCUAUUAA